CGAAUUUGAAAAUUCAACAGCAGCGCGAGACUCUCCGGAGAGUCGGAGCGACGUUAACGCUGCGAUCCACACCGCAAACCUGUCCGUUUAUAUUUCACAAUUUAAAUGGAGUCCCCGCACGGUCAGGCGAGCCUAAAGCACCAGGACAGACAAGGGGCGGUUUUAGACAGCUUCAAAAGAAAUGACGACAUUUUCAGAAAGACGAUGGAGGGGAUUUUUCAGAAGUAUUCAUGCUUGGAUGAUCCAGGACUUGAUGUCUGUUUUGAAACGAUGACCUUCAGAACCAGAAAAGGUGUGGUGCCCAUUGACAGUGCAGAAGCAGAACGUGAGCUACAGCACCUGAGGAAUCGAGUGAAUGCUGAGCAGUCAUUGCGAGAGUUGGAAAGUUCUUACAAUGAGCAGACUCUCUCAGAGCAAGACAUGGAUCGAACCAGAAUCGAAAAUGAUGUCUGCACUUCCAGUCAAAUGGGAAACAGCGACGACAGCCUGUUGCCUGGUACUGAGACAUCCCAGCUGUCGCUCAACUCAGUCAGUGCGUCCCAAAGCUGCUUGUGGGAAGAGCAGUCUCAGCCAGAGGAUGAGGAUGAGAACCUGGAAAGAACACUAAACAGCCAUGGCAGCACCCUGCUAGACUUCUAUCCUGGCAUGCUUAACCAGAUUGGUGAGGCAUACCGGCGGCAGCAUGUGACUCAGGCAGCUAGUGCUGUGUUACGGAGGUAUCGCCGCAAACGCUGGAAGUCUUCACAAACACAGCACCGCAACCAUAUCCCCAGCAAUAGCCUCGAUUGCACACUGAACAAGACGAUGGAAAGUUCUUUCAGUGUCCGAAAACUUCCCCACUAUGACAUGACCAGCCAUCAUAAUGGUAUGUCGAGCAGAAGCAAUCAAGGUAUUUCACCAUUAAAAACUAUUAGAAACUCAUCCCUUGCUGCCAGCAGAAGCAGUCAGGAGCUUUCACCAUUGAAGACUAUUAGAAACUCAUCCCUUGCUGCCAGCAGAAGCAGUCAGGAGCUUUCACCAUUGAAGACUAUUAGAAACUCAUCCCUUGCUGCCAGCAGAAGCAGUCAGGAGCUUUCACCAUUGAAGACUAUUAGAAACUCAUCCCUUGCUGCCAGCAGAAGCAGUCAGGAGCUUUCACCAUUGAAGACUAUUAGAAACUCAUAUCUUGCUGCCAGCAGAAGCAGUCAGGAGCUUUCACCAUUGAAGACUAUUAGAAACUCAUACCUUGCUGCCAGCAGAAGCAGUCAGGAGCUUUCACCAUUGAAGACUAUUAGAAACUCAUCCCUUGCUGCCAGCAGAAGAAGUCAGGAGCUUACACCAUUGAAAACUACCAGAUAUUUAUCCCUUGCUGCCAGCAGAAGCAGUCAGGAGCUUUCACCACUGAAUACUUCCAGUGCCUGUUUUUAUUCACCUAGGAGAGUUCAUGUUGAGGAAACUGCAGUAGGUGAAAGCAGAUCACCCUUUCCAGCUUCGUAUUUAGACACAGAGUCACAGCAUCGACCUGUUAGGGUGCUAGAAAUCUCAACAUCUCCAUCCUCUGCAGCUUCCUUCCCUUGUUCCCCUUCUCCAGAUCUGAAUGAGACCUACAACAUUGAGCCUGUUGCGAUGCCAGCAUCUUGUGAUGUUCUUGCUUCUGCUGCCUGGAGCCCAAGUAGGUCACUGUGUAACUCACCAUUAAAAGGAGCAAAGAACUCACUGUUUCCUGGCCAAGGAGGCAGACUAAUCACAACCUCCCCAUCUGGUCAUUGUCACUCUCAGGUGGGGCAACAGCUUACCAGUCCCUUUGUAAGCAAAGAGUGCAACAGGGACCACGUCUAUUCUCAUUCCCCAUCCCCACAGCAAGCCAUCGUUGGCGGUUCAUUUUCUGUUAGAAGAAGUCCCUUCAAAAAAGUUUUUAGCCAAGAAUUAGAACAGCAAACGCCAUCAUCCAUCUACUAUCCUAAACAAACCUUACCUGCAAAUCAUUCAGAUAACUCUGCAGUGUACAGAUCUCCUUACCGGAGUCAGCAGGGGGUGUCUUCUUCCUACCGUUCUUAUCAUCCAGUUUCUGACCACCAAGAGAACCUGGCAAUGGCUGAAGUGCAACAAUUCAGCCCCAGACCACUAAAAUGCCAGCGAUCCUUCUCUGCCAACCAGUCUGCAUCCUCCUCCAUGUCUCGUAUGACUAGCAGACAGAUAGAUGCUGAGUUCAGGAGGCUCUAUCACCAUUUCAUCUGUCGAGACACUUCCUCUUCUUGCUCCAGGUCUUCCUGUCACCUAUGUGAGGGGCAUUUGGAGGUUGGUGUCCAGGGUUCCCCCACCUUUUCCUCCAACAUGUCUGCUCUCGCUUUAACACCUAUUCAAAGUCGACUAAAGAAACGACGCAGGCAGUAUGACGGGGAGGAGUCCCUGAGGCUGAAGCGAUUCCGUGAGAGUUGCUCCCCUGAAAGGCACACCUGUCUUUGGCCAAAACGGCAGCAAGCAACCAAACACGUGAGCACUGCAGUGGUCAAUCCUACUGAAGAAAAGUGUACCUGGAACAGGGCUCUUCUCCUGCAGUGUCCCAGCCCUGGCUUCCUCAGAGGCAGUGGAGACAUGAGAGUUUCAGGGUUCAAACCAGGCCUGCAUUCACACUCUUCCUCUCAGCGACAUGUGUCUGGUUGUAUUGGUCCAGUUGAAGCCAGGUCACCUAUGAGAACUUGGAAUCAAAGUGGUGUCUCAGUCUCACCAAGCUUGUCAAGGAGACGACUUCUGUAUGCGCCUCUCCAGUGAGGAGCCUUCCCUGUUUGUCAUCAUAGCUCCCUCUACUGCAUCUCUGUAGAUGUUCAUCCCAAAAUAUUAAUGAACAUUACACAGUAAAUGUAUAUUAACACACA